CAUCGAUAACAUCGAUAUUGGCACCGACGUUUCCCCACCUUUAGGGAUUCUUUUUAUUUCCGCCGUUUGCCGAGAAAGUUGGAAAAUCAUGGGCAAGCCAAGAGGUCUGCGCACUGCCAGGAAGCAUGUGAACCACCGUCGCGACCAGCGUUGGGCCGACAAGGACUACAAGAAGGCUCAUUUGGGAACCAGAUGGAAGGCCAAUCCCUUCGGAGGUGCUUCCCACGCCAAGGGAAUCGUCCUUGAGAAGGUCGGCGUCGAGGCCAAACAGCCCAACUCUGCCAUCCGCAAGUGCGUGAGGGUUCAGCUGAUCAAGAACGGCAAGAAGAUCACCGCCUUCGUACCCCGUGACGGUAGCUUGAACUACAUUGAGGAGAACGACGAGGUCCUGGUCGCCGGUUUCGGUCGUAAGGGUCAUGCCGUCGGUGAUAUUCCCGGUGUCCGCUUCAAGGUCGUCAAGGUGGCCAACGUCUCCCUCCUGGCCCUCUACAAGGAGAAGAAGGAACGCCCAAGAUCUUAGAUGAGCACACAUCUAAUCUUUUUCCAGACAAGCAGAGUUAGGGUUUUACAAAACUAAAUAAACAAAAAAUGAAACAAA